GACCCCUUGUGACCUCUUGCAGGAGUGCCGGUGUUCGACCUCGUGCAGCCUUCGGAGGGCUACCACGGCCUCGUCUCCGAGAAGGACACCGCGGUCGAGGUGCAGCCGCCCAUCCGCGCCACGCCCAACGUCUGCUUCUACAGGAUCGUCAACAAGCACCACGGGGAGGCGCCCUUCAUUAUCCGCCUUAGAAACGAGGCCACGGGAGAGGCCGAGUUGAUAGCCAAGCGUCCCCUCAACUGCGAGAAGAGGAAGAAUUACAAGUUCGACAUCACCGCCGUUUCCUGCGACGCCAGUGUGGAGUCACAGAACGUCACCGUCCACGUGAAAGUGAACGACGUGAACGAGUACGCGCCCGUGUUCGUGGAGCCCUCGUACGUGGUGGGCGUGGACGAAGGGCGCCUGUACGACGAGAUCCUGACGCUGCAGGCCGACGACCAGGACUGCUCGCCCAAGUACGGGGACAUCUGCCGCUAUGAACUGCUCACCAAGGACCAGCCCUUCAGCAUCGACAGCGAGGGCGUGGUGCGGAACACGGAGCCCCUGGACUACGAGAAGUCCCACAACCACAUCCUAUCUGUGGUUGCCUACGACUGCGGGAUGGAGCGCUCGCAGCCCGUCAUGGUCACCAUCAAGGUCAACCGAGUGUGUCACCUGGGAUGGAAAGGCAUCACCGACCAGGUGGAGUACUCCCCCGGCUCCGGUCGCCAGGAGCUGUUCCCUUCGGCGUCCCUGGAGCUGUGCAACGUGCCCUGCCGCGUGGAGAGGGUCCAGGCGCGCAUCAGCCUCACCACCAGCCACAUCGGCAAGGGAUGCGACAGGGACACCUACUCCGUGGCGGCGCAGAGGAAGAUGUGCGGCGCCAGCUCCUCCAGCAUCGAGCUCCUGCCGGCGCCUGGUGCAGGGAAGGAUUGGACCGCCGGCCUGCACUCUGACGAAGGCCAUGAAGGGGACCUGAUCUACGAGUUCGACGGCGACUCCUCCGGCACCAUCAUCCCCGAGUCUGUCCUCAACCACAACCUGACGUCGACCUUCACCAUAUCCACCUGGCUCAAGCACAAGUCGCAGGCGGGCACGGACAAGCACACCAAGGAGCACAUCCUCUGCAACGCCGACGACCACAAGAUGAACCGCCACCACAUGGCCCUCUUCGUGAGGAACUGCCGCCUCAUCCUCCUGCUGCGUCGCGACUACACCGAGGCCAACCUCAACACCUUCCAGCCGGCCGAGUGGAGGUGGAAGCUCCCCCAGGUGUGUGACAAUGAAUGGCAUCACUACUCUGUCCACGUGAAGCUGCCCGAGGUAACCCUGUACGUCGACGGCCACAUCUUCCGGCCCGAGAAUGGAGAAUCCCCUGAGGUGAUUGAUGACUGGCCCCUUCACCCAACGCGUGGCAUCAACACCACAAUGAGCGUCGGCGCUUGUUGGCAAGGUUUUUCCUCCUCAGGCUCCGAGGGCAACAUGAAGCACGGCCUCUCGGGCUACCUGGCUGGCCUCUCGGUUCUCGUGGGGGCCCUGGAGUCGCCGCGCGUCCUGUCCUGCCUGACCCGCUGCCAGGAGUCGCUCGACACUCCUGCCAUGGAACUCCUGCAGCCCAGCAUGGAGCUCCUCACCAACAAUGAAAUGACACAGAUCACCAUCGAAGGCAAUAAUGUGACUAACCUUGAGACGCUGAUCCGCCGCGUGGCUUACGUCAACGGCCGAGACUUCCCCACCCCGGGACGUCGCCCUGUCUCUGUGACCACUAACAUCUUGUGCAACUCCGAAAAGGCCCUGAAGGUUGCCACCGCCCAGAGCUUCGUGGUGGUGAUGCAGCCGCACCAGCCCAGCAUCGAGCUUAACGGCACCACCAACUUCGCCGAGGAGUACGAGGCCUUCCGCCAGGGCCUGCGCGUGUUCCCUGACGUCGGCAUCUACCUGUCGGCUGCCGCGGAGGAGGCCACGGCCCCCACACUGGGCGGCCAGCUGGACGAGUGCGUGGUGUCGGUGUAUCCCCCUCUGAACCCCGACCACGAGACGCUGGUCCUCCCCGACAACCUGAUCGCCGAGCUCGGCCUGGCCGCCUCCAUCACGCGCCAGGGAGCCACCGUGUCCGGGGCCCACACUACGCACCACUACCAGUCCAUCCUGCGCCAGAUCCACUACGCCAACCGCAAGCCAGCCUACUACCUGAACCGGGCCUUCAAGCUGUCGUGCUCCGAGCUCGGUGGUCGCUUCACAAGUAACGAAUAUGUCCAGACGGUGACAGUGAUCCACCCGCAACUCAGCGUGGACAAGACCGCAGCCUUCAACACCAACACCGACAGCAUUCCUCCCCACAUGGAACACAACAACCACAACGCCCACCAGGAGGCCGACGCCCACCUGACACACCACAACCCCCAGCCUGUGCCAGCUCAUGCCAAGCUCUCCGCCCAUCACGUUGAGCUCAAACCCGCCCACACCGUCAAUGACGUUUACUUCACUUCAAAUGUCAUGGAGGGCGUAGCAGUCAACAGCGCCAGUCAUGCAGUCACCAUCAUCAUCGUCGUGUGCGUCGGAUUCCUCGUGUUCAUGGUGGUCUUGGGCGUGAUCCGUGUCCGCGCCGCCCACACCCGCCACACCCACGAGGACGUCGCAGAUGCCGAAAUGGCGUGGGAUGAUUCCUCUCUCAACAUCACCGUUAAUCCCAUGGAGCUGGAACUGGCAGAGACACAACGAUUGAGGGAUGAUGACGAUGACGACGACGACUCGUCAGAUGAUGGAAGCAACUUCAACGAUGACUUGGACUCGUCAGACGAGGAGGAAGGGAAACCGAAGGAGCUCGAGUGGGAUGACUCAACCCUCAAAAUUUAAACCCCUUUCCCCCCUUCAUAAGUGUAACUGAGUGAAGAUCUGCUGGACCCCCGUGGGCUUUGUUGAUGUAGGAAAGAGUGUUCAGAGUCUUCCUUAAGGGGUUGAUUACUGGGCAUCAGUAAUGAUGAGUAUUCAUUCAUGCUUGCUGUAGAGGAAAUAGCAGUAAUUAGGAUAAAUGGUAUUAAUUGCAUAACAAACUAACCCACAUUUGAUUCGUUGUUUUGACCUGGACGUCCUCUUGAGUCGGAGAAUCUUAACAUUCUUAUCUCUAUGGAUGCAGCCAAUUUACUCCAUCCUGCCAUAGCGCCCAAGGUUGCCGGGCGCCGAACUGAAGGACCAACGGAGAAACUGACGGAAAUGUCGGCCGUUCUGCCAUCAGUAUUGCACAGGGUCCACGCCAAGUGUCUCAGAGAAUGUGAUUGAUGCUGCUUGAAUAUUCCAUAAGGGGUGAUGGCAAAGGGAAAUGGGCUAUGCUAUGAGAGUUGAUGAAUGGUUAGGGGAGGGGAGGGGAAGGGACUAAGGUCGUCGGUUGCCAUAAUGUUGAUAGGUAUUCCUGUUUCAGUAAAAAAAAAAUGAGAUGGAAGGUAUUUAUUAGCAGAGUUACAGCAGUGGGAAAGAGCCAAGCGUUGGAAUCUCAGCCGCCUAUCUGCAUUAUCUGCAAAAUUUUGACAAUGGUGAAGUUUCACUGAAAUAAAGAAGGAUAUAUAUAUAUAUAACUAUGUAUAUGGUGUGUAGCAGGGUACUCUUGAAAUUUGCCUGUGUGAUGGACUUUCUCAGUAGAGCUUGGGGAUGGAGUGAAAGUUGGUAUUGGCUUGAGGAGAUGGAAUUUACAGCUGCCACGUGGAGGAAUCUGUAUCCAAUACAGUCCAUCUUAUAUUUUUGAAGGGUAUGACGGCAGCAUAAAGGUUACCACUUACACCCGGUAACACAUGCACGGAAUGUUAGAAAUGUUUACAUAUCUCAACCUGCCUAUAUUAUUUGGUAUCAUAUUACUUUGUAGAAUAUUCAAGAUAGGAGGAUAUAUGUAUUUAGUAGUCCACUGUAGUAAAAAAAAUAUGAAGUGUUUAGUCACUGGCUAUGUAAAAAAAAAUACAAUAAUUUUUGCUAAUAUUAAUCUUUUUAAGGUGCCAGAAAGUGAAUGACAAAGAUGAACAAAGUGUCAUAAGUGUGAUAUAAUGACUGGUCAUUUCCACAAACUCUCUGGCAGUACGACACAGGGAUGGCUCUCCUACUUUGCACUUUUACAAUGUGGGGAAAACAGGCUCUCUCCACCCCGUGCAGAGGGCCUGUAACCACCAGGCAAGUCACAAAUUUUAGGCAAGAGACAUUUACAAGGUGUACUAAUUUUUUAUUUUCUAUAUAAUAAUCUAGUAUGUAUAUUUUUGCCUUGAUCUUAUUUAUUCUCUGAAGGCCUUAUGUACUUAUUGAGAGUAAAAGUUAAUACUGUAUUAAGUAAUAGAGGCUUGAUGGUACACAUGUGCAGACCUCAGGGUACCUUAGCCAAUUUGGGAGAACUGUCGCUGUGUUACAUGUAAGUGGUCUCUUCCUCUCAUAUUGUCACUUUUAGCUUUUUGCACAUUUCACCCCAGCCUGAGAGGCGUUCUGCUGGCAAUCGACGGAAACCUUCAGUUGCGUCUCGAAAUUUUUAACAUAUCUGCCGUUACUGUUCUUAUUUGUUGUUUUUUUUCGCUUAUUGGGACUUUUUUUUUUACUUUUAAACAUGGUUUUAAAGUGCAGAACUUUUUUUUCUUACCUUCCAGCAGAGGUAAUGCAUUUAGGUCAAUAUGAGAGGCAAGUUUAUAUCAAGUCUUUUAUAAUUAUUAACCAAGUAUCCUUUCAAUUUUAACUUGUGAUUUUAGUUCUGUUUUAAAAUAACACACGCUCAAACUCACAAUGAAAGACAAAUGAUUAGCGAUUCAUUACUUUCAGAAACCAGUUGUAUAAACAUGUGACAAUGCCCUAUUUGUAAAUUUACAAUCAGCUUCUUGUCUGACAAUGUGAGUUGGGUGAUAACCUUGGUUCUUUUGUGGUUGGUAUGUAUCGGACUACAUGAUGUAUAAUAUACCAUAGGUGGCCUACCUGACAGGUGCGUCAGGCAAAACACUUUUUUGCAUGGUUGACCUUUUUUUGUCUUUUUUUCUAACGUUGGCAUUGCUUGAUUUGAUCAUUUAGAAAGACUUGCCACACCGAUUGUGAGCAUUUGCAUCCAAAUCGUAAUCCCGGCACGACAAAGUGUGUUGACUGGUGCGCUAGAGGAAGGCCAUCUAUAUUUUGUAAAUUCACUCUGUACAAUGAGUCCCAUUGUAAACCUUUCCUAUGUCGCUUCUCAAUUGUACUGUAAUCCUGACAUGUAUUUAUGGCAGCAUAUAUUUGCCAGGAUAUCUACAAGCUGUUAGAUAAUAACAAUCAAAAGGUUAUCCUACGUGUAAAUGUGGAGUGUCUUGUGAUCGUUGCCUGGAGGCGAGGACUUCGGGAAGCCCCAUUUUCAUACCGACAACACAAGAGGGACUCUCCUUAAGUUCUGUCUGAAGGUUGCUGUUACUCUUCACCACACAGAUUAGAGCAACCAUUGCAGCAGUUGCUUUGCAUGACGAGUUGCAAAGUUUUUUUUUAUCUCCCAAUGCUAUCAGUUCCCCCUCACUAUCCCCCUCUCUUGAAAUUAUGUGUUUGGCAUGAUUAUUUGGCACUGGAUUUUGGUGUAAAGCUUGCAUUCUUCGCAUAAAGAGUGUUGUUUUGACACCCACCCAACCCCCUCACGUCAUUUAUCAGGAACAGUCUUGGAAGCAGUUGUUGCAUUGGUUGGUCGAAUUGUUAGCUCGUAUAUAAAAUUUCUCAGUGUUCAGAGUGUUGAUGUAACAAAAAAAAUGUAAUGAAUAUGGAUAAUCUGUGACAAGUUGGUAAUCGAUCUGUAACAUUCCGUUGUAGAUGACAUCAGCUUUUUUGUUGUUCUGAGCGAUAGACUUAAAGAGAAAGUUUGUUUCUUUACAAGGCGGCACGCAUCCCUCCCUAAUAAACAAAAUUUAGGUUUCAUAAUUGCUUAUUAAGUAGGAUUACAUAGAGCAGCAUGCAGCAAUUGCCAGACAAAAUAAAAGAAUGAUAAUGAUGAUAAUAAUUAUGGAUUUUAGUCUUUCUUUAACAGCUCUGUGCUUUGUGCUUAUGCUUUUCUGAAAGUCACAGAUCAGCUUUUAGUUAGCAUAUACAAUUUUGUUAGACACAUAAAUCAUGAUAGUUUUAUUUUGAUACCUCACAAAAGAAGAUUUGCCAGGAUUUUUGUAAUGCAGCCGUUUUUGAAGGAACAGCUGUGUGCCAGCGGUGCCAGACUACAGGAAAAUGGACAAAAAAAAACGUUUUGUUGUAUUUUUUUCACAAUAGUUUCAAUAUUUUCUCUCCAAACUCUCAAAAGAUUAUCCAUUCAUCUUUUUCGGAAAUAUAGCACCACAUUUUAGAUUUUAUAGUUAACUUCUUAAGAUAAUAUAACAACAAAUAGAUAUAAUUAGCAAAGGUGACCAUGCCCAGCCAAUCGGCUUUACAUUAUGAACAACAAACUAAAAAGACAACAGCAACAACAAAAUCAAACAAAGACACAUUGUCACUGAUAGAGCAUGUCUUGAAUAUCUCUGUCCAAUGUGGUGCUGGCAGCGCUGGUAAGGACAUCACCACACGCAGGGUUGGGAUGGCGCUGGCCGCUGGGUGUAGGCAGUCUGCACAAAACCCCUGGCUUCUGUAAUCCGUCAAGAAUAAACACCUACACCCACUA